AUGAUUGGAUCGGGCCCAGAGGCUGGCCAGAUUGGUGUUGGCGCUUGGUCCCCCGCGUUCGACGCCAUCACUCCGUCUCCAAUCCUCAUCGGUGUUUUGGAAUCUUUGCAAAAGACAAACAACACACUGCCGCCCCAACGCAACAUGUCUUCUCUCCAGCGGAGCGCUGCUCUUCAAGGCCAUUUCCGGAAGUUCAUCGACGGCUCUCACAUCUUACACUUGCACCAAGUCGUCGACGCGUACGGCCACCUUUCAUUCCGCCACCCGUUCCGUCCGGACACGUUCGUCAUGUCUCUCAACAUCGCCCCGGCCCAGGUGUCCUCGCCCGAAGACCUCAUCGCGUACAAGGUCGAAGACGCGGAACCGGUGCAGGAGAACACCCUACCAGGCUUCGCAGAGAGGCGAAUCCAUUCGGAGAUCUACAAGCGGCACCCGGAAGUCAACGCCGUGGUCCACAGCCACUCGGAAGCCGUCGUCCCCUACACCAUCUCGGGCGUCCCUCUCCGAGCCGUCAGCCACAUGUGCGGCUUCCUCGGCCCCGACGGCCUUCCGGUGUUCGAUGCCGCCGACCACAUGCAAAAGGACGACCACCCUGACCUGUUGGUGCGCACGGAAGCCAUGGGGGCCGCGCUGGCGAAGCACUUUGACGACGGUAACAAAGUCACGUUGAUGCGCGGGCACGGGUUCACAGUCGUGGCAGACCGCAUCGAGCUGGCCGUGAUGCGCGCGGUCUACACGCAGAAGAAUGCCGGCAUUCAGACCACGGCGUUGAUGCUCCAAGGAGUUACCGGGACCACAGGUGGUGGUGGUGUAAAGGGGUUGAGCAGGGAAGAGUGCGCCGGAUCCGACCAGACCACCAGGUGGUCGAUGAUGCGGCCUUGGAACCUGUGGGUAAGGGAGGUAGAAGUCAACAAUCUAUUGAUAUUGCGCCAACGGUUUCUUGUCAUGCCGCCCACUCGAAAGCAGGGGAACGAUGAUCUCUCCAUCCAGCUCCUCGACCCCGGAACACUGUUGCAUCCAGGCAGCGUUAUUCUCGGCCACAUCAUACGCAAAAGCGAGAUCGCCGCUCCGUUGGCCACCGUCAGCGUUCGCUUCCUCGGCCGCGCCAAGGCGAAGCUCGCCGUCUCCGAUGGCGACAACGGCAUGAUAUACUACCGCAGCCGCUUCAACCUCUGGUCCGACUCUGCCGUUGUCGACGUCGUCCACGAGGGCCCUGUCGACGUAAGCCCCGGCGAUGGCAACAGCCAGUCUUGGCCGUUCACGCUUGAACUGCCGACGCAUACCGAUGCUGGGUUGGUAAACGCCAGCGAAGAGGACAGCGCGAGGAAGGCGUGUUUUCUACGUCCGCCGGGAGCCGCUGAGGCCGCGGCGGGCGUCCCUGCGCAGCCGUUGCCUGGGACGUUUUAUUACGAUCACUCUGGGUCCAGCAAGCAUUGGCAGGGGUUUGUGGAGUAUUGGAUCCAGGCUGAGCUGGUGGAGCAUGGGAAGAGGAGCAAAGUAGUCCAGGCCGCGUUGCCUGUGAGAGUCUCCCCGCCUCCGUCGCCGGCGCCGCCCAUCAGCGACCUCCGGCUCAUGACGCGAAAAGUGGCCGGAAGUGUCAGCAGCCAGCGGCUCAUGCCGGGCAUGGAGACGGCAGAGCUGUCGUUCAGACACAAGACGCUGAGGUUGUUCGGGUCAUCCAAGGUGCCGACUUUCCACUACACGCUCCACGUUCAGUAUCCCACCGUCUUCCAGCUGGGCAGCAUGUCGACAAUACCGUUGUUGGUCCACGUUACCCCGAACAAGGAGAAGACCAGCGACGUCAUUGAAAACGUGACGCGGACUGUGUCGUUGAAAUUCGCCGGGCUGGAGCUGCGAACGACCACCAGCGUCAUUUGCCCGGACAAGCCGGAGCCUUACCUGGCGAGCAAGACGCAGAAGUUUCCCUUGUCCCAGAUCAGCGAUUUCCUCAGGCCCGUCGAGGGGACUGUCGUGCUCCCAUGUGGCCCAAACGAGGAACCGCUCGACCUGGGCGCCGUGAUGGGCGUGCAGGUUGAUGCCAGGGGCCGGUUCACGAGUGCGCCGAGACACCGUCUGAGCUGCAGCACGACCAACCCGACGGUUCUGCCUAGCUUUACGACGUACUGUGUCAAGGUCGAGCAUGCGCUGUACUGGGAGGUGCAGAUUUCUGUGGCAGGAGAGCUUUGGAGGGGUCAGGGGAAUCAAGAGAUUCUGCUGUUGCCGCCGUGCGAAGAUGCCUCUGGGAGCGCUGCCUUUCCUCCGCCUGCUUAUGAGGAACCUCCGGCCGACGUCGAAUCCAGCGACUUGGCUAUGGUGUUUGAGGGCGGGUUUGGUCUGAUCGCGACCAGUGCCUCUUCCGACUAG